UGUCCGCAGUCUCUGGUCAUCUCCUGUAGUAUGUCUGCAGUCUCUGGUCAUCUCCUGUACUAUGUCCACAGUCUCUGGUCAUCUCCUGUACUAUGUCCGCAGUCUCUGGUCAUCUCCUGUACUAUGUCCGUAGUCUCUGGUCAUCUCCUGUAAUCAUGUCCGCAGUCUCUGGUCAUCCCCUGUAGCAUGUCCACAGUCUCUGGUCAUCUCCUGUACUAUGUCCGCAGUCGCUGGUCAUCUCCUGUACUAUGUACGCAGUCGCUGGUCAUCUCCUGUACUAUGUCUGCAGUCCAUUGCUUCAGAAUUUUUUUUUCUCUUUUUCAUCCUCUAAAAUCUAGG